GCUCCGCCUUAUUCAUACCGUAGCUUCAGUUGCUUACAGGACCAUGUAAAUUUGUGCACAACAUUCAAACAGUUCAAAUUUUCUGUUUUUUUUUUUUUAGGACGUGAACUAUUGCACGCCUUUUGUCCAAAACGGUGUAUUCUGUCUAUAUAUGCUUUCUAUUGUUAUAAAUCUGAUGCUUUUGGAAGCCAUGAGGAAAUAACGUUUAACGUUGUUUUUGCAACUCUUUCAACACGUGCAUAUAUUUGGCCUGGAAGCGAUAACCUGCGAUUCCCUCAGAAAAACAGAGCAAACACGUUAAAAGACAGCCGACAAGUUCUGCGAGGCCACAUCUAAUCUUAAGCAAACCCCCUCGUCCAGACAACAUUGCCAGCGUCGUCAGACCGUUACAGAUUGUACGAGUACGCGCAACCGUGGACGGUGAAAUCAGCAGUUAUCGGCCGUGUAUCGCUGGCCGCACGAGCGCUCUUCCAAGCGAGAGCGGAAGCGCGUUGUGACACCGGCGCCUAGAGCCUAGAGCGUGUAGAGCGUCGCUUGCUUCGCAACUGACCGUGUUAACCCAGCCAACCACCGACCCCGCGCUGAAGAAUCGGAGGCAGCCGACGUGCGACUCUGCAGCUGGACGUAGUUGGUUCUUUAUUCUAUGUGGACGUGUUAACGCUUGAGACGCGCUACCUGACUGAGAGCGCAACGCGCAUACGACGUGCGCUUCUAAUUAGCGUUGUUUUCUUGCCGAUACAGUUUCACCACACGUUUUGAAUCAAGCAUGGCAAGUGCGUCGCUGUAUCAUCGCAGCUAAGUUUCCCUCCCGUGUGCUCACAUGCGCCUGACGCUUGCACCUGGAUAACAUGCCUAUGCGGCGGCGAGUCGGUUUCUUGUGUUGACUGUCACUCACAUUACGGUUGCGUCGCUGCGCCUUGACACGACACCGAAGCAACCGAAGUGUGGUGUGGUAGUACAGAGGAACCGCGUAGCAGCGACGACUCUAUAGUCUGUUUUGUCAGGUUUCACUGGUUGCAUUGGAGCGUUGUUGCUGCGAACAUAUCGCUUUGUGCAGGCAGAAUGGAUGUCGACCAAGUGUUUCACAUAGUUGGCGAAGUCGGGCCACAGCAGAUCCUCUACUUUGUCUACACUGCUAUCCUCGGCGGGUUGUUUGUCAGCGGGGAGAUGCUGCAAAUUGUGUUCACCGGCGCGGCGCCGGAGUUUCAGUGCUGGAAUGGCUCAACACCUUCAUCGUCGGGCUGCGUGAACGACCGAUGCGAGCAUCCGCACUACACGUCGAGGUUUACGUCAAUAGCCACCGAGUGGAAUCUCAUCUGCCAUGAUGCAUACUUCGUGAAGAUGGUGCAAGCAGUCUUCAUGUCCGGCGUUAUGUCUGGUGCCUAUGUGUUUGGCUUCAUCUCUGACCAGUAUGGACGACGUCGUACACUACCAUUCGCUGCCAUCGCCAUGUCAGUCAUGACCUUCUUUGGGGCAUUUGCCCCAAGCCUGGCACUACAUGCCAUCUGCCGCUUCUUUGCUGGCAUGACCACGGCUGCUGUAGCGCUUGUUACAUUCGUGCUCAUGACAGAACUUGUUGGGCCAUCCAAGCGGGCACUGCUGGGCACACUAUUCCCAUGUGUCUUUGCUUUGUGCAUUGGACUGCAUGCUGCCCUCGCCUAUUUCAUUCCCGACUGGCGCCACUACUCCAUCGCCACAGCACUCCUGAGUGCUCUCUUCGUACCCCUUGCACUGCUCCUGCCAGAAAGCCCACGUUGGCUGCUUCUGCAUGGUCAGCGAGCGCAGGCACGACAAGUCCUUGUGGACAUAGCCGUGCGCAACGGCAGGGUGCAUUGCCUGCCGCGUACCUGGGACUUGCAGGAACCCAAGGUGCACCACAAGGGCUCCAACCAGAUGCUGCUGUUCACUAGUCACACCCUGCGUUCUCGAACUCUCAUCCAAAUCUUCCUUUGGUUAGUAAAUGGCAUCACCUACUACGCACUGACAAUGGCUGCCAGCAGCCUAGGUGGCGACCUUUACAUGAGCACGGCCCUGUCGGGCCUGAUCGAGCUACCGGGUUACCUGUUGUCAGCAUUCCUGCUCAGUUAUGUUGGCAGGCGGCGCUCGCUGUGCGCUGUGAUGCUGAUUGGCAGCGGGGCAAGCAUUGCAAUGCAGUUUUCAGAUCAGUUAAACUACAGCACUGCAGUGCGUGACGUUGUCUCACUCAGUGCCAAGAUGUGCAUUGCGAUGUCCUUUGCCAUGAUCUAUGUCUACUCAGCUGAGCUCAUGCCUACUAUUGUGAGGAAUGUUGGAAUGGGCAUUGUUUCCGUCGCAGCAAGAAUUGGCGGCAUAAUCUCUCCAUUUGUCAGCUUGCUGGACAGUUUGAUUCCUGGUCUGCAGUUCACCGUUCUUGGCGCCAUGAUGCUUGUCUCAGGCCUAUCUGCUCUCGCACUGCCAGAGACGGGGGGCCAUCACUUGCCCGAGACCAUAGAGGAAAUCGAGGAUGAAGAUAAGCGUCCACUUCUGUCGCCGACAUCAUCAGGUGCCUUCAACCGAGAGUCCGUGGAUGAAGGGAUUGUGGAAUUAUCCAGCAGUUCUGAAGAUGAGUUGUACUCUGUACACCAGCGGCCACCCGUUGCUUACGGAUCGUAGUAGGAAAUAGCAGAAGCAGUCAUACGAACUGUGCCUCACUGCAUCGGAGAUCUUGGUUUCAGCAUUGGCAUGCUGGGAACCCCUUGCAUUAACCAAGUGAAAAAUCGGCCAUACGCGAAGGCUGUGUUGGUGAUUCGCACGCCACCGUUGAGAUUCUUCUUCAAUGCCUGAAAGUGGCUGCAACCAUAAGCUGCUGACUGGGUGUAGUUUUGCACUGGUCACCUAUAGGCAUUCAGUGUUUUUGGGAAGCCACAAGUGUUGUGUGCAGCAAACAAUGGAUCAAGAUACUGUGGGGUUUGCACAUUCCACCACCACCACCACCACUAUUUCUUUUUCCAUAGGUGGUGCUUCCAGCAGCACCUGACUGAGUCUGGUCACCUAGACAGCUUUAGUUAUGAUGUACCACUCAUGUUGUACAUGAUGGAACUGCAGACAAAGGUGUUGUGGAAACUGCAUAUGUGCAUUAUGCACGAUUUCAAUUUUGCUCUUCCGUUUUUUUUUUUCUUUGGGGGGGGGGGAGAUCUUUUUAUAAGUUUUCCCUGAUAUGCGUUUUGGAGACAUGUUCCCAACUGUGUUGUCCCGAGGUUGUGUGCAGUUGCUGCUAAUAGAUGAAGUUGUGUGUAUGGAUGCAGAAAAAUUGUCAACGCAAACUGGUGUAAUAGAUGCUCUGCCACUGGGCAGCUGCGUUUCUCUUUCCAUUUUUCUUUUUUCAAUUUUUUGGUGAGAAGCCUGAAUGGACAGGUGUUUUUAAUGAUGACCUUCCUAUAUUUGCUGCACUUACUGUCACAAAGGAAGAUUUGACACUCCACAGGGAUACCUUAGACGUAUAUUGUACCUAUCCCCUUUCCUGUAUUUCUUUUUUUUUCUUUUUUUAGUUUGAAGUUGUGCCUAGCUUAAAGAAAGGCUUCAGACAGGAAUACCUCAUUGAGAAACUCGAUUGUAGUGGACAAUCACCAGUGCAGUACAGUUAAACAGUAAAUCAUAGGAGCACAAGAAAGAAAAAUCUACAUGCAAUGCUCGCAAGGUUAUUCCCUAACAUUUGUGCAAGACUGGAGAGAGGUGCUCACUGAUUCUUCUGAUGUAAUUGCCGUCACCCGAGCUGGCCUGCCUGCCAAAAUGCUGAAACAAAAUUGGAGAACGAGCAGGCAAGGACCCUGUGUAAUUUUGAAGGCUUUGAAUACAACUGUGGGUACUUCAGGUUUAAGGUCCAUUCGCUUUAGUUGUUGCUUGUAAGCAAGGACAAGGUCCAACUAAGAAGUGCCGAGGUUAUGCGUUGUCCUCUAUUCAUGUUCUGCUUGCUCUCUUUUCUCUAACUUUGUUCAUUAGCCGAUAUUUGGUGCAUGUUGUGUAGAGUGGACCAGUGAACUAGUGAUCAGAUAUGUGCAAAACCAAAUUAAUAUGCUGCUGCCUAUCAUUAGUUGAACAGUCACUGCAGUGCAAAAACUGUGUGACUGUUAGUAUAAGCAGUGCUGGUGUUUAUAGUUGACAUCAAUGUGUGGAUUUUGGUUUCAUUCCAACUAAUGUGGUGAUGCAACAUUUGUUCCGGAGACUUCGAAAACUACACUGGGUGCUGCUUACUAGUGCUUUGUGCUGCAUUUUUCAUGGCUGUGCUUGCCUAGCAAGUCUGCCAUGGUCCAAAGGAACCAAUUUGCAUCGCCUGGCAAGGUAGAAACGUUCUUAUGUUUCACUUUUCUUAAAGCCACGUUAAUCAGUGCUUCAUACUGUUGUAGAUACCAGAGCUGCUGCUCACACGUGCAGAUUUAUCUCGCAGUUUGAUCGUUUCGUUGGUGUACAAGUGCAGCCUUCGUCACAAGUUUUGGAACUAGUGCACGAGUUUAGUAAGACCUGCCCGUGGGGGCCUGUGCCAAGGCUUCAGUAGCACUCCUGGAGCCCCAGGGUUACACUAUAGUGAGAGGUGCUGCUUCUUUUGACCGCGAGAGAAUGUUGAAUGCCAGAGGCUCAAAGUACACAACCUGAGGACAGCUCUAGGAAUGCAUGCACUGACUUUCAAUCUGUUCACAGAAUCUUUAUCUGAACAUAAAAGGCAUGUUACAUUGUCAAGGCUGUACGAGUUCAGUAUCUCGGAAGGGCAAUACUGAAACCACAAACCAUGAUGGAAGGGCAGAGUGAGGCCACUUGUCAUUAGCAAAGUGCCUUGUCUUUAGUGGUUUUGACAGUGCACAGGCCUUUAAAAAAAUGUAGGCAAUGGCAUAGCCAGAAAUUUUUUCCGGGGGUGGGGGGGUGGAGGGCACUGCAUUUAAUGGGACAGUGGGCAAUGGGUGUGCCCCAUAAGUAAACAUGCUACAUGCAGCAUUUAUAAUAAUGAGUGGCUGCUGAUGGUUAAGAUGUGGAUUUGCAAACUUCCUGCAUCAUUUUGCACGGAAACACAUGCUGAAGGUUUGCCUGGCUUCAAAAGCAUGCUGUGCCAUUUUGCGAAUCUCUGAACAUUUGCCAAAUAACUCUGUUUCUAAUUUUAUGCUUUGCAAUUUGCUUCUUGCGACCAGUAACUUAAGUGUAUGUGCAUUCUUCCAUUGUUGGUAUUCGCAGUCUGCUUGCGGCUUAGGUGAUAGCUGCAGCCCCAAGCUGUGUACCACUACUUCAGUCUACCUUUUCAUGCCGUCGUCAUUGCAAACAAGUUGGAAGUCGUCAGCAUGCUAGUUCAGCUGCAUACAUUUGACAUAGCUCGUUUCUGCCCCUUUGAAUAUUUUGCACGUCACUGCACGACCUCGAGAAAGGUGUCUGUUGUUUCAUACGGACCUUGAUCUUGACAUAGAAAUUGAGAGGGGGGAAAAUAGGUUCGGAGCACGGGAUGAAGCCAACAGGACCAGUUCAUGCUGUUUGUAUAGGCAUCUUUUAGCAUGGUUCGUAAGAUGUAAGUAGUAUUUCAGUAGUAGGCCAUGUGUUUGCUGAACAUUCUAUGGUGUUCUGUGUUAUUCAACACUGAAAAUUGACAACUUUGCUGCAAUGUUGCUUCACAGCUUAACCAAUACCUCAUCUUCUUUUGUUCUGUUGCUGUUUACUGCACAAAUCAUAUCAGCACCUCUAUCAAGGACUUCUAGAGAUGCCACGACUCAUUUUUAUGUGCAAUUCUAUUGUUGCACAAGGUCGUCCAUUAAUACAGCGGAACAUGGAUAUGCUGUAUUACUGAAUAUAGCAAAUUAAGUAAAAUAUUUCAUGCCAACAUCGGUGUGUAACAAGUGUAUGCUUAUAAUAAAUAUUGUAUAAACAAAGGUAUUAGUGUCGGAGGCAACUUUGUAUUAAGUUUCAGUAGUAGGAAAAAACUGCCCCCAUAUAGUGAUCAGGCUUGCAUAACUUCAACAUUUAUUUUACGAGGUUUUGUAAAUAUCUCAUACAAGGUUACAUAGUACAGUUACGUAAAUAUCCAACAAUGGAUUAGUCAGAUGGGCUUGAAUACUAAUGAGGGAUAUUAAAGUAGACAGCCUUUCACAUCCCAUGUUUAUGUUUUCAAAAUAGCUUGGCUGUAAUGUGCUCUAUACGUAGGAAAUACUGAACUCUCAACACAUGCAAAAACCCAGGCAACCUAUUUUUAAAUAUGUGGCAUAUACGUGCACAUACGUUUUGGACACAAGUGUAUACGAGGCAUUAGGGACCAAUGACUCUGCACAUUUUUUUUUUCUGGUCACUUGUCUGUAAGGUUCAAAGUGACAGAUACCUGUCCUUGGAUGCAGCCCGUAAGAAUCGGCAAAAUUAAGUAGUUUGUGAGCUUUGUCACAAGGUGCGCCAUGUAUUGUAGAUUGUUUUAAUGCCUGCAGCAACAGUUCUAUGACUAGCCACUUUCAAGUAAUGCUGGUGGCAUAGUUUUCUUGCCAGUGUCAUGACGCAAGUAACACUUUUAGACCCGAGACUCAAUGUAAUUUACACCUUUGACGCUUAUCUUGUCCCCAAGGAGUAAUCGUUUAUCUUGCGUAUAUUUCUUUAACAAACUGUGUUAACUUAUCUGUCAAGUCUUGCUGAUAUGCGCAUGCCAUUCAUGACCCGAAGACAUGACAAGACAGAUGGUUAUUGUUUGGAAUCACAAUAAGCCCCAAAAGGUUUUGACAUGUUCUCAAAGUGUACGACACUACAAACGACCAUGAAAUGUUACAUGUUCGUUCAGUACCUAUGGUGGCCGUCAAGCUAAAAUGUCUCGCCUCCAUCAAAAUGGCACAGUAACAUUGUUGACUCUUUUUCGUGAAGGCUUAGCCGUUCCUUUUUUUUCUUUGUUCACGUUAUGUGCAAUAUUGUGUACUAGGUACUUGUGUCAAAUACAUUUUUUUUUCAUAUUACCGUUUUGCAGUGACAUAAUUGUUACUUUGCUGUUUUUUAACAGAUCAGUAGUACAUUGUCAGCAUAACAGGAAAUUGUGCUUUCUUGGCUCAAAGUAGCUUUGAAGUUAGUUCAAGCACUGGGGUCUUCUUGGAAUGGUACAUUUUCUGCAGAUUUUGAUUUAAGCAUGCACACUUUUGAACUUGAACCUCAUAUCAGCAAACAGGCCUUGGCUUAAAUGUCUCCAGUGCUGCCAUUCGACUGACGUAAGCACUGCACAUCAAUAAUCCUCUGCAAUCCCUCCAGUGAGAAGGUGCUCAAGAAACAAAUCCUUAUGCUUUUUGUUAGAAGCAGUCUAUGCUUUGUGAAGUCUUAGCUUAGCUGUGAAAGGGCAUUACUGAAGCUGUGAAUGCUUUGAGGGGUGUGCCUGGUGGGAUUCAAGCCAAAGCCUAUUUCUGAAUACAGGGAAAAUAUGCGUGUAACCUUCACUUUCUUGACUGGCCUAUCACUGUAUCAAGUUUCAUUCUUUUAUGCGAUCUUUUCUUUUUUUUCCGAGAUAUACUGAAAACCCAAGUGUUGUGUAGGUUUCAUUGAGACUGCUGUGCUGUUUGAGUGGCUGAUAGGGCGAUGCGCUGCUCAUUUUAUUAAGCAGCGCGUGAAGAUGCCAAGCCUAAGCGCAACGCAGUUUUGUGUCUGCUCAAGGCAUUCAUUCACCUUUAUGAAAACUUUUUUAUAGCUCUUCUAUUUGUCGUCAGUGCUAGUGUAGCUACAUAUAAGCUUCUUCAAAGAAAGAGUAAAUUUUUUUGAAGACGGCGUAAUGGAAGUAACACUUGUUCAAUACAACACAUCAUAGUGGCAGCAAACAUCACUAAAUGUGUGAUAUGCUCAUUAGUAGGACAUACUAACAUCAAUUAACACACUUUAAUCAGGUGGAAUUGAAGCCACUCGGCACCCUCGUCAUCACUAGUAGAUGUCGGGACCAACACCAGUUUUUGAUAUGUGGAUCCCCGCACAUACAAUAAAAUGCAUUGCUCACUAAUAUGGACAUGUCUUUAACACUGACUGGCUUCUGUGCUGCAAGCGCAGAAUGUGCUCUAAAUAGAAAUUGAUGCAUUAAUUUGUGAUUGUCACACAUUUGCUGAUGUUUGCUAUUAGUAUCAAUGUGCUACAGGAAAACGGUUUUACUGCACUGUUCAAUAAAACUUAACUCUUCUGCCUUGAAAGUAUGCGGUGCAAGUAUAAUGUAUACCAACAUUCCAUUUCUUUGUUCACUGACCAGUGUGAACUUUGCAUCACAACCUUUGUGGCCCAAUUAUAUAUGACACGAUCACAUGGGUCUAUUUUUCUAUAAAGAAUGAUACCGAGGUAUUAUAGGUUAUGGGAGGUCAUGCGGCACAUUAGUUUUAUUGCGGCGUUUUUAGUCGUGUUUAGGACAGUUCUGUUAGUACUGUGCAAAGUCGUUCCUGGUUACAACUGUUCCUCAUUUGCUGAAAAAGUUUCAUGCAAUUGAUGUAGAGGUGUCUUGUAUAUUGCAUAUCUGUAUAUGUCACUUUCUUUUGUCAAGUGUUCCACUGCGAAUUAUGUGUGUAUUGCAAAAAUGUUGUGCAACUGUCAUUUUUCUUUUUGAGUACCUAUAUACAUAUUUUUUUUUACCUAAGCCAAAUGUAGAUGGCAGUGGCAGACCUCUAAUAGCCACGCAAUCUUCAGAUGUACAAAGGUAUCCCAAUGUUCCACAUAAAAACAAUAAAUGUCACGAUUUAUUUUUACAGCAAAAA